AUGACUUCUCCCCAACCGCAAACCACCGGGUCGCUCGACGCCAAAGAGCCCGGCGAUAGACCUGCGCGGUCCUCCAGCGUCGCCAGCGGCAAGUCCUCCACAUCCACCGGCGAGCCGCCACAAAGGUCACCGUCCGUCUCCAGCAUCAAUCGAGCGAGUCACAGACAGAGCUUUGUAGAGGGUCUACGAAAUAUCCCCGCGUCUCCACGGCAGCGACAUCCAUCUCUCACUCACGCCGCUGUCCAGGAGCUCCUCAACAACCCCCCUGCAGGCAAUCGGUUUCACAACCCAAAAUUCGCCAAUCGCGAAUGGCGCAACAUUCAAGUCGGAGAGCUGGUCUCCCCUAGCGAUGUGAAAUGGAUCGAGUUGGAUAGUACCGUCGAAGAUGCGACAAUGCUAUUGCUCAAGAGCCAGCCCAGUGUGGUGCUCAUUCGAGAAGAUGCUGAUUCUAAAACAGCGGUUUCGACAUUUGAUUUUAAGGAUCUCAAUGCCUAUCUCCUCGUUGUCGUCGGUCUCGCUAGACCUGAAGGAGACCAGGUCGAGGCGUCAAAUACGGUUGUCAAUAAGGCCAGGAGAGGCGAGCCGAUAACGCUGCGGGAGAUACAACCUCUGUGUCGAAAGGAUCCAUUAGUCACACUCUCGGCACCUAGUCUACUAUCUCAAGCUAUUGAAAUCCUUGGGAGCGGUGUCCACCGUUUACUUAUCACGAAUGAGGGCGACGAGGUUAUAGGAAUACUAAGUCAGGUUCGCACAUUGGAGUUCUUCUGGAAUGAGGGCGUUAACUUCCCGACGAUCGAUCAACUCUACCCCGUUGUCAUUCGCGACUUGAAUAUCGGUACAAAGGACGCUAUAUCUGUGAACUCUGACGCGCCACUCUCCGAAGCACUCACUCUGAUGAACGACGAAGGUCUGACGAGCGUCGCCGUGGUCGAUAACGGCCAUAAUGUCGUGGGCAACAUUUCAACCAAGGAUGUCCGGCACUUGACCAACUCUUCCAGCGCACCGCUGUUGAGCCAGUCUUGCAUGCAUUUCGUUUCUGUUAUUCUGAAUGAGAGGGGAGUCGAAAAUGGACGUGAUGCUUUCCCUGUCUUCUAUGUUAACCCAUAUUCGACUCUUGCUCACACAGUUGCCAAGCUCGUGGCCACGAGAUCGCACCGCAUGUGGGUUGUAGAAUCGGCUUCGCCCUCGCCAUCGGCGCCAGCAACUCCCUUGAUGGGUCCGUCGAGUUUCACGCAAGGUCCGCCCCCACCAACGCCGCCCUCGCCGCAGCCAGCUGCUGCUGUCCCUGCGUCGGCAAUGAUGGGCGCUGGUUUGUCCGGGAGAUUAAGCGGUGUCGUUUCUUUGACAGACGUGCUGAAUACGUUUGCCAAGUCCACCGGGCUGAACCCAUCGGAUCCGGGGGCGCAGCGAGCGCGCCGUCGAAAGAGCUCAAGCAGCUCAGUGCGAGCCAGCAUCGACUCUCUUCGAACCGGUAGCAUAGAUAUUCGGAGGUGA